AUGGCAGCUUGUAAAGAUGAUGCCCAUGGUCUCACAGGAGAAAAGAGAGCAAAAUCUGUAGAGGCUGAGAACAACAGGAGCAGGAAAACAGUGUUGCUGGAGAAAACCAAUAAUCUGAGUGAGGAACAUAACUGUGGGGGCAAGGAAGAGGUUGGGGGAGAGCAUGCAUUGGCUGGUUCUUUCUGGAAGCUUAGUUCAGGGAGACAGUCAGCUCGGAAGGAUGCUUUAGAGCAGAAGCAGAGCGCUUUCACUGAGGUCAGGAGGAUGAAGGAGAAGCUGAGGAAUGAGAGACCGAAGCAGCCAGAACAGGAGGAUGGCAUGGUCCCACUUGGUAAAGAGCAGGUAUCAAAGGAAGUGUUGCUGAACUCCUCUGGUAGUGCAUUCUCCUUUGUGUGGCCCACCAGAGCCCGAGGAGAACAGAAGAGUGCUUUCAGCAAACCCAGUAAGUGUCUAACAGAAAGAGCUGCAAUAAAUUCUUCUCAUCCCAUGAGUGAGUCACCAAAGAGCCUGGGGGAGCUGUCUGGCCUCAUUGCCACCACAGACGUCAUGUGCUGCAGCACUCUUCUCAAUUCCAAGUUCUUUGUCAGUGAUUUGUGUAAUGCUCAGAUGCUGCAGACAAGCAUCACUCAGAGCAAUGUUUUCCCAUAUACCGCAGAACCGUGGCCCAAACAAGCAGGAGGACAGUUACAAAACACAACCACCACUUCUUCUUCCUCCUCCUCCUCUUCCUUGACUCUUCUUCCCCCCACCUUCACGUCCUUUGGAGUGGCUGCCCAGAACUGGUGUGCCAAAUGCAACCUGUCCUUUCGCAUGACAUCCGAUUUAGUCUUCCACAUGCGGUCACAUCACAAAAAAGAAUACUCCUCAACUGAAUCCCAGUGCAAGAGGAGACGAGAGGAGAAGUUAACAUGUCCCAUUUGUCAUGAGUACUUCCGAGAACGCCAUCAUUUAUCCCGGCAUAUGACUUCUCAUAAUUAG